AUGUCGGGGAAGAGGAUAUCGUUGUCAGCGUACAAGAAAAACAAGGCUUUAGCUGUCACUCCCAAGAAAAAGGAGCGGAGACUGGGCUUCGGCGAAUCGGUCAGCACACGGGAGGCGCGCGCGCACGAGCUCCAGCUAGAGACCCAAGUUAUCGGGCGGCUCGACAGCCUGCUGAAGCGGUGCGGGAGGGAUCCGGGCAGCGACCAGGCAAUCAGCAACUGGCUCUGCGCGGAGGGCCUCGAGGGCCAUGCCAAGAAGGGGCUGUCUAGGAUUUUAUGCUACGUUAGGGUGUGGUCCAGAACGUUGCGGGCGGAGGGCGUGGCGCCAAAGGACAAGGACAGGGACAAGGCGGAGGUCAAGGCGAGAGCCGCGUUCGGCGCCUGCGUGUGCGCGAUAAACGCCGUGGACAGUCUCUCCUACAGAUUUGCCGAGAAAAAGACGCCGGAUGCCGAGAACGAGCUGGUCAAGACGGCGGGCGAGGUGCUGGCCGGCAUGAUGGAGGCCGUCGUCGGGGCGGGAUCCAAACCGCGGCGUCGGGGCCUGCACCCCACGGAGCACGCCCAGCUGUCUAGAAUGGUCGACGCCUGGCUGCGACGCGGCUCGGUUCCCUCGCCGUCCCUGGAGAGCAUCGGGAAGCAGCUGCUGGCUCUCGAUCCCGGCGGCGACGCGGUCGUUUCGCCCGACCGCAACGGUGCAAGAGCCGGCAAGGGCAAGAGCUCGAAGAAGCGAGCCGCGUGGGUUCGAGUGCCGGCCGCCGCCGCCAUCGGUGAUUCCUCGGAGGGCAAACAAUCGCCAGGAGACGUGGCUCGCCUGUCGCCGCCGCGUCACCCUUCCUCCGGUGGUGCUGGUGGUCCGGCAGCGUCGGCGGGUGCUGCUCCGCAGACGGAGGCCGAGCGCCACGCGAGCCUGGAGUCCGUUCUGACGGACUUGCUGGCUCGCAACGUGGCUGUGCCCGGGGCCUGGUGGGCGCAGGCGUUCCAGGGUGGCGGGCCGUUCCCGCAGGGGCCGGAGGGGUGCUGGUCGCUGCAGUACCAGAGGGCCAACGAAGACCCGGGGCACCGUCGAAAUCAGGUCACGGGGCUGAUCGGGGCCAACGGGGAUCGUCGCCUUGGGGCCGGCAGCGGCGUAGACCUGGGGAGCGUGAAGACGGAGGCGGCGGGCGCCGAUGGGCUCGACAGUGACGGCGGGGCUCCGUCGACGCCGUCGACUGUUCCGAGCGAGGCGUCGCCGUCGCCGGAAAGGGUGUCCCCGGUGCCGGAGGUGAAGACGGAGGGGGGCAAGGACUCGGCGACUAUUAGUCCCGCCGCCGCUCCCGCCACUGUCAGGAGCGUUGAGAACGGGACGGCGGCGCCGGCAGCAGCCCGGGCGCAGAAAGGGGGAGCGGGGGGCGGCGCCGGCUCGAGCUCGCCCAAGAAGGCCAGGCUGUCGAAGCGCGAGCAGGAGCAGGAGGACAGGCGUCGUCGGAAGGAGGAGGCCCGUCGCGCCGGCAAGGAGAAGGGCAAGGCGAAGGCGCUGGAGAGGGAGCGGCAGAAGAAGGAGAGGGAGAUGCAGAGGCAGGAGAUGAUCGCGGCGUCGAGGAGGAAGAAGGCGGAGGAGGAGGCCGCCAGGAAGGAGGGGAAGGAGGCCAAGGAGAGGGCUGACAGUCUCGCGCGCCGUACCAAGCUGGAGGAAGAGGAGGAGGACGCCGCUGCCGCUGCCGCUGCUGCGCGAGGCCGCGAGAAGGACCGAAGGCGGGACCAGGCGAGGGGGGAGGCGGGAGAGGAGAGCCGCGGCAACGAUAGUAGGUCCAGGGACGGGCAAGACCGCGCCGCCAAAGACAGGGAGAGGAGAGACAAGGGCGGCGCUGACCGGAGAGGUGCUUCGAGGGACAACAAGGAACGCACGAACGGGCGUGGAAAAGACGAGGGCCGGUACAGCGACGCUGCCGGGAGGCUGGACAAGGAGGAGCGGGAGAGGGGAGGUGCCGAGGGGGAUCGUGCGUCGGGUCGGCGCGACAAGGCUGAGGGCCGGCGGCAUCACGAUCUCGGCGAGGGCUCUCGAGGGGGUAGAGAGCACGAGGACCCGUACGAGCGGCAGCGUGGUGAGGAGAGGGGGAGGGGGGACGAGUGGAGGAAGAGGGGCUCGUCGUCGCAGCGGGCGAGAGAGCCGGACUUCGCGGCCGAGGGCGUCAGGAGGAAGUCCGACAACAGCCGGGAGCGCGAGGGCGGUGAGCGGAAGCGGAGGAGGAGUGACCUCAGUGAGUCGGAGGGGGCCAGCGUUAGCGCCAGGCACGACGGGGACAGGCACCCGGACGACCACGCCGAAGACGACCGCAACAGCAGCAACACCCACCGGCCGAGCAAGAAGAAGAGCAAGAAGGACAAGCGUGACAAGAAGGACAAGAGGGGAGACCGGCACUCGGAGCCCCACCACCGGCCGGGCCGGGCGGGGAGCUCGGAGUCAUCGCGCAAGCGCUCGUGCGACUUCGACGCGGCCCCGCAGCUGGAAGGCUACGCCGCCGUCGCCCUGCAACCGGACCCCCUUCAUCGCAGCGCGGAAACCCGCAGGCACCGGUCGGAGCAGGAGUCGGGACGCACCAGCAGCGAGCUCAGAGACGCACCGCGACGGAGUCGCUCGAGGGCGGACUCAGGCCUGUCGCCGAGGCGGGACGAUGGCCACAGCGGGUCGGAGAAGCGUGCCAGGCGCGGUAGCAACGGUGGCAGCGGAGACGGCUACGCCGGUCAGGGACGAACCGGCACCAGCAGAGAACGGCCAUCCGCGCGCAGGGGCAUGACGCCGCGCGAUUCGGUCACCGGUGCGUCUUCCUCUGGUGGCAGCGGCGGCGGCGGCGGCGCUCUGCCCGGCAUGGAGGGCUACGGCUCGGCGUCCUCACCGCCCGCAAGCUUGGAGUUUAGCGGCGGCGGUCUCGGCGGCAAGACGAGCGAGAGAGGGCGUGAUGCCCAUGACAGGCAGGGGCUGGGAAGCUGGAAGGCGCUGGAUGCCUACGAGCCGGGCCUGGGCAGGGACAGCUCCCCGGACGGCGGUGGUCGAAGGAGGAGAGGCGACGGCGGGAAGGAUGGCGGAGCCCGCCCGCGACUAGCGUCAUCCGUGGACCGGUAUGGGCCGGGCGUGGAUAGCCACGGCCGCGGGGGUGGGGGUAGAUCCGAGAGGGAUCGCUCGGACAGGGAUAGGUCGGACAGGGAUGGCGCAGAGAGGGAUCGCGCAGAGAGGGAUCGUUCUGAGAGGGAUCGGUUUGAGAGGGAUCGGUCUGAGAGGGAUCGGUCUGAGAGGGAUCGUUCUGAGAGGGAUCGGUCUGAGAGGGAUCGGUCUGAGAGGGAUCGGUCUGAGAGGGAUCGGUCUGAGAGGGAUCGAUCUGAGAGGGACCGCUCAGAGAGGAGUCGCUCAGAGAGGGGCUCCGAGCUGGACUACUCGCGCGUGGCAGACAUGAAUGGCAGGGAAUCGUCGGGUCGGCGUGGCGAUAUUGGUUCGCACCCUUCGAGCUUGUCCAACGCUCGCGGAAGCCGCUGGUCCCCGGAGAGAGGGACACAGUCCACGGCUGCGCGGGACGGGACCAACCGGCGGCGCCCGGGGUCCCCUGCUAGGGAUGACUCUCGAGGUCGCCGUUCCAGCUCUCGCGACGGGCGGCACUCGAAGAGUGCCGGCGGUGUGAGCACCGGCGGCGGCCGCUCAGCCGCGGGCGGCAUGGGCAACCUGGGCAUGGGGAUGGGCGUGUCCAUUAUCGGCGGGACCCCCGUCCUCAUGCCCGUCGCGAAGAUGAUGGAAGCGUCCCUGCGUGGCGGAGGCGGCGGCGGCGACCGGCAUUCUGCGAGCGGUGGCAAUAGGCUGGACGACCGGGACCGGGACCGGGACCGCGAGCGACACGGCACCGGCAGGCGGGAGGACGAGCGUGACGACCGCUGGGGCGUCAGGUCACGCUCGGAGGACGACCGGGACCGUCGGGGGGGGGGGCGUUCGGAGGACCGCAGCCGGCGCAGCGGAGGCGGCGGCGCUGACAUCCGCAGGAGCAGGGCCGACAGCAAAAACGAGGCGCAAGCCCUGGGGCAGGCGUCCCCCCAGGAACCCGAGGAAAAGCCGGAAGAGGGCGAGCUGGUCCUCGACCCUUCGAUGGGGCUGCCCAACCCGCCUGCGCCGUCCGCGAGGAAAUCUCGCUGGGGGGACGUGGAAAAGGCGGCGACGUUUGCGGGCACACGCGGCGGCGGCGGGGGCGACAGGGGCUUCGUCGCCGCCGCCGCCCGUGGAGAAUCCCGGUGGUCGCAAGAAGAGAGGGGAGAAAAGUUGGUUGGUAGUGACGACGGAGGCAAGCGGGCCCCGGGGGAUGGGGAUGAUGCUGGUGGAGAGCUCACGGUAGCUACCGAAGCAACGUCAUCGAAGAGGAACUCAGCAUCGCCGCAGAGGUCCCCGCGUGGGACAGCAUCAUCGUCGAGAAAGGGAUCGGCGGAAGAGGAGACAACGGCAACGACUUCGCCCGAGAAGGAGACUGAAGUUUCUUCUUCUUCAGCGGCAAAAUCGUCGAAAGAACGCUCUUCCUCGUCGCCGACCGUCACGGCAGACGAACGAGGGGAAUUGAACGAGAGCGGUGAAAGUGGGGAAGCAGCGGCUCCCGCGAACGAUAACCCAGGACCCGAGGUGCUGCCGGAACAGACGGCGACGGUCGAGGACGAGGGACAACAGGAAACACAAGAAGGACGUGAUGCGUCUUCUUCGGCCGCCGGAGCCGAGAGAGAGGCGCCCGUCGAGCGCUCAGGCGCGGAGGAGCCAAGCGACUCCGCAUCCUGCGGGAAGCCAAGCGGAGGUGAAGCGAGCGACGGGCCCGAAGCAGACGCCACACCCUCCCCGGGGGGCGACGCUCGCCAGCCCGGUUCCUUGCAGAGGAGCGAUUCCGACCAUUCGACGGGCGGGACGCCCGAUGCAUCGGCGGCGGCGGCGGGGGUGCGCCACAGGAGGCGUUCUUCCGGCGACAUCGGGUCCUUCCUCAGGAAGGGCGGCCGUAGGAGACCGGGAGAGCCCGCCUCGCCGGCCGCCGCGCCAGCCGCCGACGCCACCGUCGAAACGGCGGCGGACCCGUCGUCGUCUGCUCCGGACCCCAAUAGUCCGGUGGAAGGGACGCCUUCAGCACCCGACAUGGGGGGCUCGGCGGUUGAGACGAAGCCGCAACGGGCGAGCGUGUUCUCGCGCCUCGGGGCCCCGCCGAGCGAAGCUAAGAAAGACGGCAAGACACCCCCCUCUGCCGCUAACCCGUCGGGGACCCCUGAGGCCGCCCCCGCUCGGGGACUGGACGCCUGGGGGAGCAGUAGCUCCACCGCCGCCGACGGUCCAGCGAGCGGCGAAGGCAAGAACGCCGCCGGUGCUACCGCCGCCUCCGACGAUUCACCAGCGCUCACGCCGGUAAGGAGAGUCAAGGGCAGCGGGGACAAGAACGACGGGAGGAAGGUCGGGGGCGGGGCAGGACGGCUCAUGAACGCCGCCCUGUCCAGCUCGCGUGAAAGCGGGCGAAGCGGGAAGAGGGGUGGGGCAGGCGGGCGGGGGCGGGGCGGCAGAGGGUGGGGACGGGGCGGCGGAAGCGGGGGCGGCGAUGGCUGA